AUGCCCUUGCGGGCGUACGUGGGCAUGCUGGCACGCGGAGCCAGGCCUGACGCAUACACGUUCCCGCCGUUGCUCAAGGCGGUGGCGGCGGAGCGGGGUGCUGUGGCGCCGUCCGUCGGAGACUCUGUCCACGCGCAUGUGGUUAAGUUUGGGCUGGAGCUCAACGCCCACGUGGCGAGCUCGCUGGUGCUCAUGUACGCUGCCAGGGGCGACGGCGUGAUGGCGCGUGCGCUGCUGGACGUGCAGCCUGCCGGAGGUGGCGGCACGCCCGUUGUGUGGAAUGCGCUUAUGUCCGGCCACAAGAGAAGCAGGCAGUUCAGGUUGUCAUGCUGCUCAUUCCUGGAUAUGGUGAGGGCUGGCGUUGUGCCCACGCCGGUCACCUACAUCACAGUGCUGUCGGCAUGUGGCAAAGGCAACGACGUCCUGCUCGGAAUGCAGCUGCACAAGCGCGUCAUUGAGAGCGGGGUGUUGCCUGACCUCAAGGUGGAGAAUGCGCUUGUUGGUAUGUAUGCCGAGUGUGGCGAGAUGGAAGCAGCUUGGGAUUUGUUUGAGGUCAUGCAGGUGAGGAACAUUGUCUCCUGGACGUCGGUAAUCUCUGGGUGUGUAAGACUAGGCCAGGUUGAUCGAGCCAGGGUACUCUUUGAUCGUAUGCCUGAGAGGGACACCGUCUCAUGGACUGCGAUGAUUGAUGGUUAUGUACAAGCUGGCCAGUUCCGAGAGGCAUUGGAGAUGUUUCGUGAGAUGCAACUUAGCAAGGUGAGGGCAGAUGAGUUCACCAUGGUCAGCAUAGUCACGGCAUGCGCGCAGCUUGGUGCUUUAGAGACAGGGGAGUGGGCUAGAAUUUACAUGAACAGACAUGGGAUCAAGAUGGAUACUUUUGUUGGGAAUGCGCUCAUAGACAUGUAUUCAAAGUGUGGGAGCAUCGAGAGGGCAAUGGACGUGUUCAAUGAGAUGCACAGUAGAGAUAAGUUUACUUGGACCGCUAUUAUACUUGGUCUUGCAGUGAAUGGCCAUGGUGAGGAGGCUAUCAAUAUGUUUGACAGGAUGCUUAGGGCGUUUGAAGCUCCAGACGAGGUGACCUUCAUUGGCGUUCUCACUGCCUGUACUCAUGCUGGCUUGGUUGACAAAGGACGAGACUUCUUUCUCAGCAUGACUGUGACCUACAGGAUUGCUCCUAAUGUGAUGCAUUAUGGAUGCAUGAUCGACCUCCUUGGGCGAGCUGGGAAACUAAGAGAAGCAUUGGAGACAAUAGGUAAAAUGCCCAUGAAACCCAGCUCUGCAAUCUGGGGGACCCUGCUGGCAGCUUGUAGGGUCCAUGGUAACUCAGAGAUAGGUGAAUUGGCAGCAGAACGUCUCCUUGAGUUGGAUCCAGAGAACAGUAUGGCCUACGUCCUUUUGUCCAAUCUGUAUGCAAAAUCUAAUAGAUGGGGAGAUGUCCGGUGGCUUAGGCAGGUAAUGAUGGAGAAAGGAAUCAAGAAAGAGCCUGGUUGCAGUCUUAUUGAAAUGAACGGCACAAUUCACGAAUUUGUAGCUGGCGAUAGAUCUCAUCCUAUGAGCGAAGAAAUCUAUUCUAAAUUGGACAAGGUACUCACGGAUUUGAAGAAUGAUGGAUAUGUACCUGAUGUAACCGAGGUCUUUGUUCAAGUCACAGAAGAAGAAAAACAAAAAGUUCUUUAUUGGCACAGCGAAAAGUUGGCUGUCGCUUUUGCAUUACUCGUAUCAGAAUCCAGUGUGACAAUAAGGAUCGUGAAAAACUUGAGGAUGUGUUUAGACUGCCACAAUGCAAUUAAAUUGAUCACCAAGUUAUAUAUGAGAGAGAUUGUUGUGAGGGACAGGACACGCUUCCAUCAUUUUAGACAUGGACUCUGUUCUUGUAAGGACUAUUGGUAA